UUCUCUUCUUCCUCCCCACGUAUGUUUCCACUCCCUUUCCUUGAAAUCUGUCUACAUUCAUGCCUUGGAGACCAAGGACUUCUCCUUGUUCAUCACUCUACAUACUUACAAAACCCAUUUCAAUUUCAGAAACCAAAUCAAAAUUCAAAUCCAUUUUUCCUUUGUUUUCCUGUGAUUCAAACCAUCACCAAAAACCACCGUGAACACCACCACUGUCAACCGCCACCCCCAUUCUCUUUCACCUCCAUCAUCAGCCACCUCCACCACCAUUUACCCGCCUCACCUCCGCCACCAUCUCCGGAAAAACGCGAUCCAACACCCCCCUUAUUUUCGCUCCCUUCCCCGCAGCCACUCACGCAGUCACGCCCCUGUUCCUUCUUCUGUUUCUUCCCUUGCGGCACCACCAGCGUCGCACCACCGCUCCCAACCACCCCUGUCCACCCAGAACCACUACCACGCCUCACCUUACUCCCCUGCUCUCCCCUGUUCUUUUUCCUUUCCCCUGCUCGAUGCACCACCCACGCAGCAACACCACUUCCCGGCCACCUCACUAACCCUCCUAGACCCACCUCCGCCUCUCAACCCCGGCGAGCUUCUGAUUCCGCCGCCCAGAACCGCCCAACCAUUCUCAAACUCCUCUGCUUUCCCGCCGUUGUUCGACCUCCCUUGCCCCUUCUGUGCUGUUCCACCGCCGCGAACCAACCACCUUCACCAUCACCGUCUUGCUUCGGCGCGGUCUCGCGCUGCUGCGACACAAGGGCCGCCGCCCAACCGCCCCUCUUUCCUCCCUUGUUCGUGCUCUGUUUCGCACCCCCCCCCCCCCCCCUUUUCCCUCUUUUGGUCGCCUUUCCUGAACCCAAAAAUCAAAUACUCAAACCUUGUUUUACUGCUUUAACAAACCCAAAACAAAAGGGGAUGGGCCCAAAUUCUAAUGGGUUUUGGUAAACUCAUUCUCUAUUACUAUUUUCAGAUUUAUAAACUUAUCUUUUAUGUUUUUAUCUAAAUAAAUUAGAUAAAAUAUUUCGAUAUAUGUUUAUAUAAUAAAUUACUAAUAAAAAUUACUUAUUAUUUUUCAGGUAGGAAAAUAUAUUUAAAUUACCGGUUUUACUAAAAUUAAAGUUACUAGCUAGUAUUAACAAAAAUGGAAUUUAAAUAUUUUCAUGCAAGUCGAUUUAUAAAAUAUAAAUUAUGUUUUGAUUGAAAUAUCAUUUCGUGAUAUAUCCAUUAAUUUAUGAAAUUAUAUUUUUAUUAAAAUUCGUUAUUUAUAAAUUCAUUACAUAUAAAUUUUAUUAUUUAUAAAAAUAUCGAUUUUAGAUUAUUUAUUAUUUUAAGUAACUAAUUGAAUGAUUUAAUAUUCUGAAAGAAAUCGGACUUGGAUCUCAGGAAGAACGAUCCAUCAGACGGGAAGUAUAAAACUACGGUUGAGGUACUGCGGGGAACAAUGGACACGAGUAGUGGCGAGGAACUUCACUUUAUUAAUAUUCACCUAGUUCAUGCUUAAUGUUUUAAUAGUUUAAUUAAAGACUUUUAGUAAUUUAUGUACUUGUAUUUUGGGAAUAUAAAGGAUUAUUAUAAUAAUUUGGGUUUUGAUAGCUUAUGUAUAGUUGCCUUGUAAUUUCCAAGAGGGAAUUACGGCAGGUAAUGUCCCGACCAAGUUAGGUUAAUUCCGCUGCUAAUUAUGCUUUAAUAAGUGAUUUAGAGUUCGGGGUGUUACAAUAUUCCAUGAAAGGACGAAACAUAUUGAAGCAGACUGUCAUUUUAUACGAGACACAAUCAAAGAGUGUAUCAUUUGUCCAUCGUAUAUUCGUAUGUAUCAACAAAGGUGCAACUCGCAGAUAUAUUUACAAAGGCACUCGGCAAAACACAGUUUGAGUUUUUUCUUGACAAGAUGGGCAUUCAAGAUUUACAUGUUCCACCUUGAGAAGAUGUUACGAUAGAUUAGCGAGUAUCUUAAUCAGAGUAAUAUUCUAAGCAUAUUAGUAAUAGGAAUACUAGUACUGUACGUUUAUGAUAUGCUUGUGAACAAAUAGGAUAGCAGCAGUAGAACUCCUAAUUUAGAUGGAGUUAGAACUCCUAAUAUAUUGUAUUAUAUAUGAUGGGCAAAUCAAUGAGAACAGAUAGACUUUAAUCAAUAUUUGUCACUAAAUAGUAGGCCAAUCUAAAGUAUCAUGAUGAUGGAUAUAACUCAAUAAUUUGCAGGUGCAGUAAAUACACAACUAUUCAUGGGGAAGGAAAAUAAAUCAUUUUCUUGUAUUAGUAACUUUUAAAAAAUCUGUCAAAUCAUAAUCGACUGGAGAUAAAAUAAUAAAAGAAAAAAAAAGGAAAAUAUUUGAGCUUAAAGAA